ACAGUUCUAAAAGAGGUUUCGGUGAAGGAAGGUCAACCGCUAGCAAAAAUGUUGACCAAGUCCAAUCUUCUCAUUACUGCUGGACGAAACAUUGUUCAGAAGAGGUUUGGACAUGCUCCUACUCCAGCUGAAGCAAAGGCUCUCUGUCAGAAGUAUGGCAUAACCAUGGAUAAUGUCCCAGUUCGUGCUGGAGACUUUAAAAAGAUGAAUGCAGCUGCACAAGCAAAAUACAAUCGUUAUGCUAUCAUCUCAACACUUGGGUUGGUGGGAUGCAUCUUCUUUGCCUGGCAAUCCAGAGUUUUUACAACACAUCAGAUGUUCCGCUAUCCUAAAUCAAUGUACGACAAACAAUAAACUCACAAACUGUCAUUGUGUAUGAUGUAAAUUAAGAAAUAAAUUUUUGUUACCUUGA